CUCGACACGGAGUACGCGACCGCCUGCCGCAGCAUGGCGCCCAGUGCCAUGUGCACGGCCCGCGACCGGUUCGUCGCCCAUCAGGCCGUGGGCUACCUCAUGAGGGGCAUGGUCGCGCCCACCUGGCACCGCUGGCUACUACCUCAGCGACUGGCGAGCUACCUAGAGCAGCGCCCGCAGUUCGAGCUCUUCUUCGAGUUCCAGGGGGUGCCCAAGGCUUUCGCGGCGAAAAUCGAUAGCGAUUGGGCGCCCGAGCCUGGUCGGAGGUCCGUGGGCGGAGGAUUCCUGUUCAUCGGUUCGCGCCUGAUCGACGGCGGGGGCGGCCAGCAGGGCAACCGCGCGCUGAGCAGCGCGGAGGCGGAGUUCGCGGGGGUCGUGAACGGCUCGGCGAGGGGCAUCUGGCUGAGGAGCGUGAUGCUGGAGAUGGGGUCCGAGAUGACCCCGCAGGCACGCCGCGCGGAGACGAUGCACCUCUGGGCGCAGCAGAAGGUCAGGGGCAGGGCGAUCUCGAUGGCGAAGAUCCACGCGGAAGCGAACAGGGCCGACAACCAGACCAAGCCGCUCGAGGGGCCGAGAUUCCUGAAGCUGCCGGCGAUGCUUCCACUUCGCGCGCCGUUCUCUGGGCGCACGCAGGUGUUCGGGGCGAUGCUGGCGGCAGCCAUGCUUGGCGGAGUUGUCUACCGUGUGUGCAAGGCGCCGAUGCGGUUCCUGAAGGGCCUUUGGGAGCUGGUGAGAGACGACGACGACCAGUUCGCUCCGGUGGAGACCCCACCUGGGGACGAGCAGCUGGCGAUCGUGGAGGGUGGCAUCAGCAGGCGCACGCAAACGGCGCCGAUCAAACACUACUGGACGUGGAGUGCGUUGGAGCUUCGCCAGGAGCGCCUGCGCUUGGGCAUCUACCGCGGACAGCUCACAGCGCAGAUGAUCGAGGACCUGCUGGACGAAGCCGGCCGCAGGUGA